AAUUUGUAAUAAUAAUAGACAAACAAAACAACAUCAAAAAAAAAAAGUUUACCGAAAAAAAAGUCCCCGAAAAUCGGUUAUCAAACAAAACAAAUAUUUUUUUAUAAACAGUUAAAAUUGAAUUGCAAUGCAAUUGAAGUCAAUUCAGUGUUUUCUAACAUUAAUAGUGUUUGCAAUGAAACCGACCAUCAGUUCAUUGAAUGGAAAAAAAUUGCGAAAAUGUUUGACAAACAAAAAGUUUAUAACCGGCGCCGUCGGCCUAACACUACUCAUACUGUCCAUUGCCUUACAUUUAUCGUUCAGACCGCUACUCAAGACACUGAUCCAGUCGAAGAUGAAUUUGCACGAGUCGUCGGAAUUUUUCCGUUUUUGGGUCAACCCGUCGGUGCCGACCGAAGUCGGUAUCUAUUUUUUUCAUAUACUCAACCCCUACGAUGUACAAAACGGUGGUAAGACCAUCAAAGUCAAAGAAAUGGGCAAAUAUAUGUUCAAACAACAUUACGAGCGUCAAGUAAUCGGCUUCUCCGACAAUUUGGAAACAGUUACGUUUUACGAGCGCCGGUACUAUGUAUUCGACGAUGAAUUGACUACCGGUUCACUCGACGAUAAUAUUACUGUUGUUAACGCACCGUUUGCUGCUUUGGGCUCGAUAGUACCGAAAGUGAUCGACGGUCUACCCAUACCUCCCAUAUUCUCGUCACUGCCAUACCGGGCCGUCAACUCAUUCCUCGACAGCCACCAACAAACAUUGUUCAUCAAUACGACUGUCCGCGACCUAUUGUUCGGCUAUAAACUGGAUAUUCUGGACACUGCCGAAGGUUUUGCCAAUACACUGUCCAGAUUCGGUGUAAGCGACUUUAUGCCCAAAGAGUUUUUCCCGAAUAACUCGUUCGGUGUACUCAAUGGCCGCAACGGUACACUUGACGGCCCGUUCGAGGUCUACACUGGUCUGUCGGAUACCGAAGAUAUGUUCGGCUAUUUCAAGUCAUGGAAAAGUCAAACAAAACUCGACUAUUGGAAAGCCGACAGUUGUAAUCAAAUCAAUGGUACCGACGGUACUAUUUGGCCGCCGUUUGUCGAUAAGACUAAACGAUUGUAUUUCUAUGUGCCCGAUGUUUGCCGCUCACUUUACGUAACAUUUCAAGAGGAGGCCAUUCACAAGGGUAUCAAAACGUACAUAUAUUCGGCACCCGACGAUGUGAUGGCCGGUAAGGAUACGAAUCCGGAAAACGAGUGUUUCUGUAUGAACGACAACAACGACUAUCACUGUCGACUGGACGGCGUCUACGAUAUGAGCCAAUGCCAGCACGAUAUACCCAUUAUUGUCAGUUUGCCGCACUUUAUUGGCGGCGAUCGACGAAUUACUGACCGUAUCGAAGGUCUGAAACCCGAUCCUAAACUGCAUCGGCCAGUCAUACACGUGGAGCCGACGUUGGGUGCCGUCAUUCACGGCGAUAGUAAACUACAAAUGUCUAUACGUGUGCCUAAAAAUGAUUAUAUUAGGGGUUUUGAAAAUCUCGCUGACGAUCUCUAUGUACCACUGUUUUGGGGUUAUAAGAAAUUGGGUAUUUCAGAUGACUUUGCAUCAGAGCUCAAGUCAAGACUAUUCACACCGAUAAUUGUUGUCAAAUACAUAAUCAUUAUGGGAAUGAUAACCGGGUUUUCUAUGCUAUUCAUCGCACUAUUGUUGGCCUUUUUAUGCCAAACUCAGGUAUUGUCUAUAUCGUUGAUCGACGACGAGUUUAGUCGGGUGCCGACCGGCGACUAUUCAUCAUCGGACGGCACCACUACCGACACCAUCGACACGCAUAAGCUGUGCUCCAAUAGGUCUUCAUAUCAGGAGUUGGAACUACUGAUGAAGACUAGUCCCGAAACUAUAAUUUAGUGAUUAUUUUAAUUUAAUUAAAUUAAUUUUGAUUUUAUGAAAAUAGAUAUAAUUAAUUAGUCUGUUGUAUAUAUUUAUAUAUAAGAAAUAAUUUAAUUGAUUAUUAAUUUUUUUUUAGUUGUUAUUUGUCUCUGAAAAAAACAUAAGAUUUAAUUUUAAUGUAAUUAUUAUAUCGCCAAAUGUCUAGUUUUUUUUGAGACAUACUUAUAUUUUAUAUAUAUA